GGCGGACGUUUGAUGGUAGAUGCGCCUCUGCAAGUCUUACUACGGCUGGAAGUAUCUGUCCCAACUCCUGAGAAUGGAGUGGCAUGUGCUGGUGCUGAUGCUGAGCCUAGCGCCCUCCAUCCGCGCUGACUGCUCCACGCAGUGCGAGAAAUGCGUGCAGAAGAUCCUUGGCCCCGACGCCGCCUUCAGCAGCCUGUCAUGCAGCUCGGAGUGCGAGGGGCAGCUGGAGGGCUGUGACCGGACUCCGGGUCUGGCGGACUUCAGCCAGGACGAAGCGGCGGCGGAGGAGGAGAGCCAGCAGGCGGACCUGGUCAAGCGCUACGGCGGCUUCAUCAAGAGGAUCGACAAGAACAAGAACAACAUCUUUGCCUCUCCGUGGCGCGACAACUACGUGCUGAAGGCCGCGGCGCUGCCCAAGAAGUACGAGGACCUGCUGAAGAGGCUGGAGGAGAGGGAGGCGGAGGAGAGGGAGGCGGAGGAGCAGCCGGACGACGACGCGGCGGAGGAGGAGCAGCAGGCGCUCCGCGGUUUGGUGAAGCGUUACGGCGGCUUUUUACGCAAAUUUGGCCCCAAGUCAAAGAGGAGUAGCUCCGCAGAGACGGAGAGCCAGGAGCCCGAGGAGCUGCAGAAGCGCUACGGGGGGUUCAUGAGGCGGAUCCGACCGAAGUUGAACAACCUGAAGUGGGACAAGCGGUACGGAGGCUUUCUGCGCCGCCACUUCAAAAUCUCGGUGCGCUCGGUGGAGGAGCCGUACUACUCCUACGACGACCUGAGCCUAUAGAUGGACUGCGAACGACAAAGAAUAAAAAAAAACUACAAAGAACUUGUGCAGGUUCACUUGAUAUGCCACCAUUUAUCCAGAAAGUAUCAUUAUGCCUGCCUAUAUUGCUUACAGCCAGCUCGGUUGCCUUCUUCUGUGUAAAAAAAAAAAAAAAGGAAUUCUCAUCUCUCUGUAAUUGGCA